UCUUAGAUCCGGAGAAUGUGUGUAUCAUAUUUUGUUUGUUUGUGUGUUUCAGCUAACACAGCCCAGGUGGUGAUUGAUGUCCAGGAUGAGAACGACCACCCACCGGUUUUCACCAGAUCUCUUUACAUUGGAGGAGUUGCAGAAGAUGCCAAAACUUUCACCUCGGUCUUGCAAGUACAGGCUGUGGACGAAGACACUGGGAACUACAGCGCCAUGGUCUACAGGCUCAUCAUCCCCCCUCCCACAGGAAAAGAAACUAAAGACAGCAAAGAUGGAUUUGUCAUUGAACCGUACACCGGUGUGGUGAAGACGGCAAUCACGUAUCGCAACAUGAGGAGGUCAUAUUUCAAAUUUGAGGUGGCUGCAACAGACAACUACGGUCAAGGACACAGCAGCAGAGCAGAGAUAGUGGUGUCUGUUGUGAACCAGCUGGACAUGCAAGUGGUCGUAUCAAAUGUCCCUCCAACGUAUGUUGAAAUCAACAAAGAUCAGUUGCUCAGCAUUUUGGAACGCUACGUUCAGGAGCAGGUGGUCGGCGCAAAGGUUGUCGUGGAAACCAUUGGGCCCCACCGGGAUGGCGAAGCGAUGGAGAUUGAAGAUUACACCAAGUCAGAUCUCAUGAUUUAUGCCAUCGAUCCUCUGACAAACAGAGCCAUAUCUAGACAGGAGCUCUUCAAGUUUCUCGAUGGGAAACUAUUGGACAUCAACAAAGCGUUCCAGCCGUUCCUCCCUCCUGGUGGCCGGAUUCUGGAAAUCAGAACCCCCGAAGUGGUGGCCAGCGUAAAGAAAGCUGUGCACAGCGUUGGCUACACAGAGGGGGCACUCUUGGCUCUGGCUGUUAUCAUCAUCGUCUGCUGUGUUCCCGCUAUUUUAAUUGUCAUUAUCACAUACAGACAAUUCAAAGAGAGACAAGCAGAGUGUGCCAAAACAGCCCGCAUCCAGAUGGCACUGCCAACAGGCAAACCCGGGGGAGGCACUGCCAACAACCUGUACGAGGAGCUCGGUGACAACGCCAUACAAAACCGUUCAAACCACGGUGGCGGUCGCAGCAGCAUUGGCAGCUUAGACGAAAGCGACCGCCAGCGCCUGAUCUCGGACUUUGCCACACGAGCCAUCGCCGCCCAUCGCCAGUGUCUCGCAAAUGGAGGGGUGCUCAACAAACUCCCCAAAUCUGAGUCCAACAUCACUUUUCUGUCGGACGAAAACCCCCUAACUACCAAGAAUCCCAUCUACCAUGAGGAUGGAACCUUAAGUAGCCCUGAAAACCUUGGAAGCAACCAGAGGAGGAGAGACCUUCUUGGGAAUUUUUCCCCUUCUAGGAGACGACUUCGAGACGCCUGGCUGAGGCUCAGCUCACCCGGAUGUGACUUGCGAUUUGGGGGAUACAACGGCACCGACAGUGGGUGGGGAUCAGGAAGUGGACACAGCUGGACUCUCCCAUCAAGGUUGCAUCGAAAGGAAAUGUAUGAUGCUUUGAGGCGGCAGGUGGUGAUGGACCCUGUGCAGUGGGAACAUGAGCUUCUGAAGGCUGAAUUCAAGGAGAGCAAAGACGCUGGUCUGGAUUCGGGCUUUGAACACGGAUUGGAUUCAGAUGUGAUGGGAAGCCCUAGUCUUGAGCCAAAGCUGACAGUGAAGGAACAAGCCAGACAGUUUGAGCAACAGGCACUCCAGGAAAUGAAACAACGGCAAAGCAGAGAUUCCAGAGGCUCACUGUCUUCUGACAUCCUACUUUCUGCAAUCACAGACACUCCCCAGCAUCAGAAGUACAGCCCUUCCCACAAUGCUCCAGCUCCUCAGAUUAUGGAAGGUCCUCCGAGUAUCAUAGUGACUCAGAGUGAUGGAGGCAGCCCUCCGCCGAGUCACAAGCCGACACCUCCUGUACUAAGGCGAUUUGGAGCAAAUUUAACUGGAAAUCACAUUGCAGAGGAAAGACUUCAGGUACAUUUGGAGGUGAUACCAGAUCCACCUUCAACACCUCCACCACCACCUCCAUCACCACCACCACCACCACCUCCCAGCUCUGCUCCUCCUCCCCCUCCUUCAUCUCCACCUCUAAGUAACACUUCCAUCCCUCCUGCCUCUCCAGCUCCAUCUAACUCCGCCCCUAAUGGUGCUUCCACUCCUCCGCCUCCUCCUCCUCCCCCACCACUUCCGCCUCCACCUCUGCCGCCUCCUGUAUCUCCCUCGCUUGUGCGUCCGUCCACGUUUGUCCUCCCCACUCUCUCGGAGGCGCCGGUGCUGCGGCCCGUGUCUCUCCGGGCGCCGCCGCUGCCCGUUCACACGGAGCCCGAGCCUCCCCGGAAAGAGCUGAAGGGAAUCUUAAAGAACAUCCAAAACAUAGCAGACAUCGAGAAGUCUGUGGCCAACAUGUUCAGCCAGAUAGACCAGAAACAGAUUCCACUCAAAAAGGUCAUGAAGAGCCGGGCUUCUGUGGACUCUCUGGAUUCUCUUGACUCUUUGGACAUGUUGGCGGUUGGGGGAGAGCCAGAACAGAGAGGAGAUGGAGGAGGAGGAGAAGGAAGAGGAGGCGAGGGAGAGAAUAACUCCUCCAUUCGACACAUUCCAAACCCGAACAUGAACUCUAUUGUGGAGGAGCUUGAGAAGCGCUUUCCCUCUCAAUCUACUAUGCUCUAGCCUUUACAUUUUUGUGAAGGGUGUAGUUACAUAAACUUUUAAGCAAACUAAAAUAAAAUUCCUCUCUUCCUAUUUGACACAAGAAGAUAUAAGCUGAAAAUGAGGGGGGAAGAGUUUAGAUGUCUUUUAGUUACCUCAAGGAAACUUGUUUUAUAUGCACAUAAAUUGCAUCCCUGUUGAUACCAAUUCAUGUUCCAGCCAAUGUUAUUCUUAUCAAAAUCUGUAAGGUUUGAGUUGCUUUUAACACUGAAUUAAGCUUCUGAACAAGUCCAGUUCUGGUGAAAUGAAUCUGCCAGGAACACACCAAGACAGCUAUGCUUUAAUAUUUUAAUCUUUCUUAAUUGAAUCUUUAUUUUAGUCCUUCUACAGGGCAGAGAAGGUGACACAAGUGUCAAUUACUCUACUCUAUUGGAACUUGCAAAAGAAAAACUUUAAUAGUAAAGACUAAAGACUUAACUUGAACUCGUGGUCUGAGACUUGAAUUUCAUGAACAGCCAUUUAUUCUCAUAUAAUCAGGUGUGCAAGCUGGCUGGCUUAAUCCAAACCCUCCACUUUUGACGGUUUACAUGCAUGUUCUGUGAAAAGGUCUAAGAAUUCAUUGCUUUCUGUCCAUGCUUACUCUAGCUUUAUAGUUGCAACCAAAUAGAUUUAUGUCAACCAAAACAACUUCAGG